AAACCUCUCACCAUCAACCCAUCUUGCUUAAACAGUAAAAGAGAGGAAACAUUAAAUAGCAAAAGAAAAAAUGGAGAGUGGUAAUGCAUAUUCAACAAUGCCAAUGGAAAAUGUUAACGAUGUUGAGCUUAUUAAUUUCAUGGACGAGGCUAACUUUGAACAAUUUAUUGAGCUCAUUAGGGGUGAAACUGCUGACCCUAUUGUGAAGUUUUGCCCCAACUAUGACUGCGAACACAUUACAGGUUGUUUUCCUUCGACUGAUGUCCAAUUUGAGCCAACACCAAUGGAUAUAUUCGAUUGGAAUGCUACAAACAUAUCUAAUAAUCCUAUUUCACUUUUUUCUUCGCUCCCCGGAGAAAUGAAGCUCGGGGAAGAAGAAGAGGAGGACGAGGACGAGGACAACAAUGAUUACGAGGAAUCUUCUGGGACAACAACUACCACCACCACGAAUAUGUUGCCGGCAACGCCAACGAAGAAGAGCACGAGGACUGACCGAUCAAGAACUUUAAUUUCCGAGCGAAAAAGAAGAGGAAGAAUGAAGGAGAAGCUUUAUGCCUUGCGUUCCUUAGUUCCUAAUAUAACAAAGAUGGAUAAAGCCUCCAUAAUAGGAGAUGCAAUACUAUACGUACAAGGAUUGCAAACGCAAGCAAAGUUACUAAAGGCAGAAAUAGAAGGUCUUGAGUGUUCCUUCAAUGAAACGAACAAUAAUCCAUUUCAGAAUACCAAGCAAAUGAAAUUGAUGACCCAUUAUCCAGCAUUCAAGAGGAUAUCGAAGAUGGACGUUUUUAAAGUAGAAGAAAGGAGCAUUUACGCGAGAUUAGUAUGCAACAAAGGGCGACUAGUUGCUGGUUCUCUUUUCAAAGCUCUCGAGUCUCUUUCUGGAUUCAAUGUUCAAAGCUCCAACUUGGCUAUUUCUGCCGAUGAUUAUAUUUUGACCUUCACUCUUAAUGUAAGAGAAUGUGAGGUGGACAUGAACUUGGCCAAUUUGAAGCUUUGGAUAGCUAGUGCUUUUCUUAAUCAAGGGUUUUACAUCGAGACAUUACCAUUGGCCUAACAUUUCAUUAUUGUAAUUUUGCAAAGUUUCUAUCCUAUCAACGAAUGAGAAAUGUCAUUACUUAUCGAUCGUCAUUUGUAACUUUUUAUUAUUUAAAGACACGUAUUCUGAAAGAGUAAAGUUUGUAAAAAUUACAAUGGCGCGCAAACUGUGUACAUGUGACCGACCUAAUUGUUUAUUACGUUUGACCUUUUUACUACUA